AUGGAACAGAUUUUGAUGUCCAGUCCUGGAAGCCACACUGACUGGGAUGGAGAUCAGAGUAGCCUCGGGUUCAUGCUUCUGGAUUCAAAUGAUCCUGUAACGCCAUGCGGAAAUGAAGAGACAGAUAAGCGGCAACUUCGUUUUGAGGAGGGAGACAGGAAUGUCAUGUCUCUCAGCCUGGGAGAGAUAUUCUCUGAAAAUGCCUUAAAUUUAGAUGACCUGUUCCGGACUCCCCAGUAUUCUGGUGUAGAGCAGGUAUUCCCAUGGGAGCAAGAUGCAGAGCCCCCUGCCUCACAUUGGGAAAGCCAGCUCUCUUGUUCCCAGAACAUACCACCAAGUGAGCAUGGCGAGCACCUUGAGGAGAGUGCCAGCCCCUGUUCCAACGCCAGCCCAGCCAUCACAAGCAGUGUCCAACAAUGGGCCGAGGAUGCCACAGACAUCCUUGAGAGCCCACGCGUGUGCACAGUCUCGCUCAUCGCCGGCGACUCCACAGGUGAUGUGGAACAGGAGCAAGGUAACCAGCUGAGUGAUGUGGGUGGAGCCCUGGGGGAGGCCUGCUCAGCCAAUCAGACACCAGCUCAGUUAGAAGGGCACCAGGGGGAGGGAGAGGCUCUCACACUCACCCAGGCGAGUCCUGAGCAGCGUGGAAGUUCCGAGUCCCGGGCCCAUCACUGUAGUGGCCCAUGGAGCCCUGAGAUCACUGUGGACCAGGAUGGAGAUGGAUUUGUACGCAUGGAGGAGUUCCUGGAGUUUGCUGCUGCAUAUGGAGCUGAACAGGUGAAGGACCUGACUCGGUUUUUGGAUCCCAGUGGACUGGGCGUCAUUAGCUUUGAGGAUUUCCACCGUGGGAUCACAGCCAUCAGCAAUGGAGGUUCAGAACCAGACCUCUAUCGACUGGAACUCAAUGCUACUGAUGCCAGGUUGCCAGCAGAGGAGUAUGAUGAGCAGGCCGAGGUGUCGGACAGUGUGUACCUGGGCUCGGAGAGUGCCUACAGCGAGUGCGAGACGUUCACAGAUGAGGACACGGGCGCGCUCGCUCCCCCUGAGCUGCACGAGGACGUGGAGACGGACAGCGGCAUCGAGAACACACUCACCGAGGGAGACGACCACCGCAACAGGUUCUCUCUGGGGGCAGAUAUUCAUGGCCACGCCCUGUCAGCCGUGAUUGGCGGGGAGGAGGAGCACUUUGAGGACUUUGGGGAGAGCAACACCUCCGACCUGCUGCUGGCCAAUCACGAGGAGGAGAGACCGGGCCCUGAGGACGCAGGAGACCCGGAACCACACCCUCACCCUGGCAGCCCCAAACGCUGCCCCCCUGUUCUGUCGCCCAGUGGCGGCGAUGUGCCGGCCAGCCUGCAGGCCCUGCUGCAGUCCGAGGCGCUGGACUUCUUCUGCAGCCACUGCCACAAGCAGAUCAGCAGGCUGGAGGACCUGUCCACCCGCCUGCACCUGCUCGAGAUGAAUAGCUCCGGCAAGCGGCUGUCCAGCAAGAAAGCAGCGAGGCUACUGCAGAACAGUGCCCUGGGUCUGGAGGGGAUGGGAGACCUGAGCCAUGGCCUGCUGGACCUCACAGACACCGAUAUCACUGACAAGAUGCUGCUGCUGGAGCGUCGCGUGUGUGAGCUGGAGCAGGACUCGGCCCUGAGCGAGGAGCAGCACAGCCGCUUGCGGCAGGAGAACCUGACGCUGGUGCACCGGGCCAACGCGCUGGAGGAGCAGCUCAAGGAGCAGGAGCUGCGCGCCGACGACACGUUGCACACGCACACGCGCAAGCACCGCGACGCCAUGGCCAAGCUGCAGCGCGAGAGGGACCUGGAGAUCGAGAACCUUCAGGCCAGGCUGCAGCAGCUAGAUGAGGAGAACAGUGAGCUGAGAUCAUGUGUUCCCUGCCUAAGAGCCAACAUUGAGAGACUGGAAGAGGAGAAGCGUAAGCUUCAGGACGAGGUGGAAGACAUGUCGGAGCGGCUGAACGAGGAGCUGGACUCUCGCAGGAAAAUGACAGACAAACUGAGCCACGAACGCCACAACAACCAGAAGGAGAAGGAGUGCAUGCAGGAGCUGAUUGAGGACUUACGUAAACAGCUGGAGCACCUGCAGCUCUUCAAGCUGGAGAUGGAGGCCAAGAGAGGCCGCUCCCCCAGCGCCGGCCUCCAGGAGUACAACACACGCACGCGAGAGCAUGAGCUGGAGCAGGAGAUCCGCAGGCUCAAACAGGAUAACCGCAGUCUGAAGGAGCAGAACGAUGAGCUGAAUGGACAGAUUAUUAAUCUGAGUAUCCAGGGAGCCAAGAGCCUGGUGUCAGAGUCCUUCUCGGAGUCGCUUGCCGCUGAGAUCAACUCCGUGUCCCGCAGCGAGUUGAUGGAGGCCAUCCAUAAGCAGAAGGAGAUUAACUUCAGACUACAAGAUUACAUCGACCGCAUCAUCGUUGCUAUCAUGGAGUCCAACCCCUCUAUCCUGGAGGUCAAGUAGACGCCCUGGUCGCACUGUAGCGUGCCAUGGCCACCUGCUCUACACAGAGACAGUCAGAGCAUACUGGUUUCACUGGACGUGGAGGACACAAAGAGAUUAAAACUGUGGAGACGGAUGAACUUAAACAUUAUCACAUAUUACUGAAGACGAGUGUUAACGGUCAAAGCCAUCGUGCGCGCUUCUGUCUGUGUGUGUGUGUGUGUGUGUGUGUGUGUCUGUGAGACCGAAUGCUGGUUCCUUUGACGUCCCUUUGUUUUGGGCUGAGGGGCCUUAGUUUCCUCUCUGUGUGUGUGUGUGUGUGUGUGUGUGUGUGUGUGUGUGUGUGUGUGUGUGUGUGUGUGUGUGUGUGUGUGUGAGUAAGUGUGUCUUGUGACUGUGCCUUGCAUGGAAGUGCAAUACAUCCAUAUAAUUUUUAUGAAUAGAUAUCAAGCCCCCCUUCAUCACACUGCUGUAGCUCUGGCUGCUAUUACGAAUUUCCACUUUAUCCCACAUGAAGCAUUCACGCAGUGUUGUGUGUGAUUUCAGGCACACUGCAAAAGUGCAAAAAUGUCAGUCACACACAUCUCCUCGCACACCGUCAAUUCUGUUUGCAGUGUUAAUAUUAAUCCCGGUUGAAUCAGUCACACCAUUCCACCCACGUGAGGGACCUCUUAGGGGAGACGGAGAGGUCCUGAGGGUAGAGGUUGUCAGAGUGCUUGUGUGUUUGUUUAUUCGUUUGUUUGUUUAUCUUUGAAGGAGGUUCCAGAUGAUUGAUUAUGUUAUCAUUCAAAAAGGAUCACCUGUCAUUAUGUCAUGUUCAUGCACUGGUCUUCUGAUUUUUAAAAAAAUAUAUAUUUAUUUAUUGCAAUGAAGCGGAAUUCAAGGGAUCAAGCUGAUGGCUAGCUGACAUACAGAAACCAACAGCACACCUAGCCAACCCACCCAGUCGACUGCUUCAGUGCUGUUGCAUAGACAAAAGCAUAGGCUUGUGGGUAGUGUAGUUUCAAUCCUGUGUAGUUCUGCUGAGUGAAAGGAAGUGAGGUCUCUGACUGCACAGCCUGAGAGGAAAACAAACAAACAAUGGUGCGCUCAACUGAUGAAGAGAUACUUACAGAGAGUGGUCAGCCUCGGUUCUCAUUCCAUUUCUCUUGCUUCGUUGGAGAUGGGAACAACAGAACUCUAACUGUUCUCUGAAGAUGUGUGUAGAUUUGGAAAUGAAGGAACGACACAACUCUGUGUCUGGAGAACUGUAUAUGUACAUAAACAUGCACACACACACAACAAAUGUUUUUGUGUGUGUGUGUGUCUGGUGAGUUGUGAAGGAAUCUGCUCUCAGCUGUGGAAAGUGCCCAGCCCAACCAAAAGGCUCUGCACGCUCAGUCUCUCAGCCUACCACCCCACCACCACCUGGCUCUCUCUGAAGCUGACCUCUCAAAGGCCUUGGUUCAAACUGACUUCUGCCUGUAAAGUUUGUUUUCUAAAUGCUGACUGUACUGUAGGUAAUUUUUGUAGAAAAGUAAGAAGGAAUGAAAAGGUUUUUUGUUUUGUUUUGUUAAUUUUGUCUUCCUCUGGGAUGACUGCAUUCCUGUGUGGCGUGUUCUCCACAGAAUGCCACACAUCACAUGCUUGUUGAUAAUGUGUAGAUAUUUAUUCUUUGAACCAUGUGGCUUGGUCAGUCUAACCGCCAGUUUCAAAAGCCCUGGCUUUCCGUGCUCUGAGGGAACUUAUUUCCUUGUCUGUAUCAAGCAGACAGGAAUAAUGAUGAGGGAAUUAACCCCCUGUUUGUUCAUGUCUGGGAAUGCUAUUGUUCAAACGGAGUCUCCCAUGUGAGAGUGCUCUUGUCCUGACACCCUUUAGAUCACUGGUUUUGCACUUCUGCACUCAUUGGGCCUACCCCUUGCUCCCACCUAAAUGGUUUAAUCCUGAGCCCAUGAUUGGUUGGGCUGUGGAGGAUGUGUCCAUUGUGGCUUAAGGUUAGGGGUCUUGCAGAGGACCACAGGGUUACACCUGAUGCACUUUAAUGAAGAAGAAAAUUAAGAGAAAAAAAAAAUGAAAUCUUCAACAAGUCUGUUUCCAUGGCAACCAAAGAGUGUGCGCAAAAGGCUCAAAGCCUGGUUCCUCACUCAGCUUUCUUGCUCUGACAGGAGUGUGUGUGUGUGUGUGUGCCACUUCCAUCUUAUGUUGAGUCACUCUGAGCGUGCACACUCUCACACGCACUCCACAUUCUGUUCAGUUAUAAAUAUAUGAUGUAAAUAUGCGAAUAAAUGAACUUGUUCUUUUGUGGACUCACACCUUAGCUUCCAAAGAUGCAAGUACAGAGCUCACUACUGGAGAACUCAACCUGCCAUCCAAAUACACAAACAAACAAAAAACAAAACAAAAACAGGUAAUAAGCAAAUAUAAACACAUAAUCUCAUUGUAAUGAAGCAUUGAAUUGUAAAGUGAAGUUUAUUACCAUUGUGAAGGACACAUGUAUAAAGGCUAAGAUCAGUAUUGUAGAUGUAACACUUAUUGUUUGGGGAAUUAUAGAUUUUCAAGUAAAAUUCUGUAAAGAUGAUAUCCGAAAUAAAAAUAGAGAGAAAUAAAUCAAAUUGAAAUACA